AAGAGGUGGACGGAGGCCCGGGGCGGAAAGUGGAAGGCGCGCGGGCAGCCUCGCUCUCAUCUCCCGGGCCAGAGGGGUGCGAGGCUGAGUGACAGGCGGCUGAGAGCGAGCUGGGGCCCGGGAGCAGAGAGAAGGACGGUCCGGGACAGGAGGCUGGCACUGGCAACCUCGACAGACCGCGAUGGAGAAUUUCUGAAGACAUCAUGGAGAGUGACAGUGCAAGCAGCCACGUGGAUUACCUUUAUGGUGACCUGUUGCAACAGGACAGUUUUGUUUCCCCAGUGAAGACUGACAAUGAAAACUCUGUAGAUAUCUAUGAUGGCCUGGACACAGACUAUCAAGGAGGUGAACAGUCUGCAUCACUUGACACUACAGGAAAGGGUAAAUCUGCUAAAGAUUGUUUUGAUCUAUAUGAGGAGAUCCUCACUGAAGAGAGAACUGCAAACGAAAUCUCAUUGAAAGAGGUACAUGUUUGGUUAUAGCACCAUUUGA